GCGGGCAGGGGUACCGUCAGCUGAGAGAGAGUCGACGACAAACAUGGCCGCGCAGCCUUUCGGGAACGCGAUGGAGUUGGUGGGGGAGUUGCAAUAUGGAGAUAUUCCUUUCUACACGGAAGACGACGUCUCGUAUGCUGAGGAUGGUGGGCAAGAUGACGAAGACCUGGUCGGCUACUGCGCUAAUAUCUGUGCAGGGUGUGUGGACUGGGAAGUAGAUAGUGAGAUGGACUGUGAAGGGGAUGUGGGGGACAGGGAUGAACAUGAGGAGGGGGCUGGAGGAUGGUGCGAGAACCUGAUGGCACUUUCUUUUCAGGGUGGCACCGAGAUUGCCGACGCCGUCACUCAUCUGCAGCAGGGUGAUGGAGACCAGGCGGAUGAGUGGGAGGUGGAGCAGGGUUUUUUGGCAGAGGCGGUGGUUGUGAUGGAGAAGAGGCAGGGAAUGGGCGAGAUUGGCGUGAAGGGCGGGAAGGUUGACGACGAAGACAACAACAACAACAACAACAACAACAACAACAACAACGACAACAACAACAACAACAACAACAACUACAACAACAACAACAACGACGACAACAACGACGACAACAACGACGACAACAACGACGACAACAACAACAACAACAACAACAACAACAACAACAACAACAACGAUAACAACUUCGACAACGACAGCGAGCAGACUAUGGGCGAAUUGUGCGAGACGGGAGUGAAGGAGGGUGGCAAUAACAAUAACAACACUGAUUACAACAACGAUGGUGAGGAGGGAUUGGGCGAAAUGGGCGACGAGGGUGUGAAGGUCGACAACAACAGUAAUAACGACGGUGAUAAUAACAACAACGAUAAUGAAAACAACAACAACCAAAACAACAACAACAACAGCAACAAGAACAACAUCAACCACAACGACGGCGGCAACGACAGUCACGGGAGCAGCGGGGCAGACAGGGCUUGUUGUGCAUCCAAGCUGCUGAUCAGCAUCAUGGGGAAGAUGUCGCAAUCAGCGCAGUGGGGGGGGAGUAGUAGCUCGUUGGGGUUGGCGAAGUGGGGCCCCUGUCAGCAUGGGGGGUAACUUUCCGAUAUGCCCUUACUUCG